AUGACUGCCUCUAUAGUCCCACCCAGCGGAGUCUGGGCUCCAACCAUUACAUUUUUCAACGGCGACGACACCCUGGACACUGAAUCCCAAGCAAAAUACUACGCAUAUCUAUCCAAGACCGGCCUUGCAGGACUGGUGGUGCUGGGGACCAAUGCCGAGACCUUCCUCUUAACACGCGAGGAGCGCAAGACCCUCCUGGAAGUCGCGCGGAAAGCAGUUGGACCCUCAUACCCAAUCAUGGCAGGCGUGGGUGGCCACUCGACGAAGCAGGUGUUGGAGUUCAUCUCCGAUGCAGCAGAUGCCGGCGCAGACUCGGUUCUCCUUCUACCUCCGGCAUACUUUGGAAAACAAACGACUCCAGCGGUCAUCGACAAUUUCUUUGACGAUGUCGCAACUGCCAGUCCCCUUCCUAUCGUCAUCUACAACUUCCCCACGGUGUGCAAUGGAAUUGACUUGGACUCUGCUACCAUUGCUCGUCUUGCGAAGAAGCACAGCAAUAUUGUUGGCGUCAAACUGACGUGCGGGGCUGUUGCGAAGAUCACACGGCUAUCGGCCGAGUUUGAGCCAGAGAGAUUUGUUGUCUUCGGUGGACAAUCCGAUUUCUUGAUCGGUGGAUUGGCUGCUGGCUCUGGAGGAACUGUGGCUGGAUUUGCCAAUGUUUUCCCCAAGACCAUCGUGCGGAUUUACAAUCUGUACCAGGAGGGCCGUUUCAAGGAGGCGAUGGAGUUGCACAAGAAGGCAGCCCUCGCAGAACAACCUUGCAAGGCUGGCAUUGCUGCGGUGAAAUACGCUGCUUCAUUGAACACGGCCAAGGCUGCUGGUAUUGAAGGGGCAUUGGAAAAGCUGAAGCCAAGAAGGCCGUACACGGAGCUCACGGAUUCGGAAAAGAAGUCCAUUGAGUCUCAGACUCAAAGCUUGGUGGAAAUCGAAGCGGCUUUGUAA